AUGAACAACAGUGUUUUACCUGAAGUCAUUGUCAUAGACAAAGAGCUUGCUUUCAUGAAUGCCAUUGACAACACAUUUCCGAAUGCUCGACAUUUGUUAUGUCGUUGGCAUAUUAACAGGAAUGUAUUGACAAAAUGCAAGAAAAUGUUUGAGACAAAAGAAAAAUGGGAUAAGUUUAACACUGCAUGGAACUAUUUGAUAUUGUCAUUGACUGAAGAUGGAUACAAUGAUCACCUUGCAACACUACAUAAGGAUUUUAGUAACUAUUCGGAGGUAAUCAAGUAUGUUACUCACAUUCAAGUUAAAGCAUCAUUCGAGAAGAGUUUGACAACUGUGCAACAUCAAUUCAAACCUUCCCAAUUCAGAGAGCUCCGGGGUAAUGUGGCUAUUUGUGCAUUGGAGUAUAUGUUGGCAAAGAGCAAGAGAGCAAAUUCAGCUGGAAUUAAUGUUGCAGCAUGUGGGUGUGUUCUUAGGUGCACGCAUAGUUUACUUUGUGCUCACGAAAUUGCAGAUUACAUGAGACAAGGCCGUCCUAUUCCACUCAGUAGCAUACAUGUACAUUGGACACGACUUACUAUAUGUGUGCAUAAUCCAAAGAUUGAGAAGUUGGAAUUGACUUGUAUCCCAGAACUUGAGACGAUUUUAAAGCGGUUCAAAGAGCCUGAUAUUGCCACGCAAUUGGAUAUGUUGAAAAAGUUAAGGAAAAUUGCAAAUCCAGCGAGCACUUUUCUUAUUGAGCCUGAUGUGAAACCUAAUCCACGUCCAGGACAUAAGAAAAUUGAUAUAUCUUGUCGUCGUGACCCAUGUGCAUUUGAGUUGGUUGACAAUGGCCAUGAUAACCAGAGCACAUUAGCUUCCAAUGGUGAUGGGAAUUGUGGUUUUAGAGCUAUUGCGAGUUUACUUGGUCUUAGACAGAAUGCCUGGGUGCAAGUUAUGUGUGAUCUACUACUUGAAUUGAAUAAUCGUACAGAUGAAUAUGUCUGUCUCACUUUCUUACCUUUGAGAUCACCGCCAGUAACCCUAGCUGAUCGUUGCGAGAUUGCCAUUGGAUUUGUCAAUGGAAAUCAUUUUGUAUUUUUGGAGGCCGGUCAUCCAGUUCCUUCCAUUGUCGUGCUUUGGCGAGUUCACCAUCACCCUUGUGCAUCAAAAUGGGAGAAUGCAUAUGUUAGCCACAUUAAAAAAUUCAAAGACAAUAUAAGACCUAAUGUAGCUACUCCAGAGACAUUUGAUGUAGUUGACAUAGAUUGA